AUGAGGUUCACCAAGGCCAAGUGCAGAGUCUUGUAUCUGAGUCGGGGCAACCCCUGGUUCAUGCAGGUGAAGUUUGGUUGCGCCCGGACCCAAAAAUACAGCAAAAAGAGAAACCAGCAGCCCAGCUUGUGUCCGGCUUACUUUGUGUUGCAAUAUAAGGAGGAUAUAGACCAGCUUGUGAUCAGUGAACUGGACAGCAACCAUGUCCACGCGGACCCGGUGUUUUCCCUGACCAGAGCCACUGCUGCAACAGCAAGCACCACAGCAUGCGACGGCCCUGCAACAAAACUGUGUAAGCAGCAGGCAGGUGGGACUGACAGCGGUGCUGUGCUGGAUGAGCAUUCUCACAUGGUCACAGGACAACCGGUGGACGGGAUGUCUGCUCUGUACAAGGCUCCCGCGCUCCCUGAGGCAGUGAAGGAAAAUGCCUCAGCCUCAGCGCUUGUCAGGAUUGCUGAGGUCAUGAAAACCUUCCUGAGGGUGGACAGGGGCUCACUGGCCUCAAUUAGCGCAGACAGCAACCACGGCCUGGACAGACUCAGCUUCCAGACCAGCAAGAUGAAAAGCUUGUUUAUGCAGUUCCCCAAGAGCCUCCUGCUGCACAGGGUGCUGAGCGAGGGAGGACAUGUUCUCUACGCUUUCAUUGUAGAGAGUAAGGAGCGAGUGGGGAAAGUGGUACACUUGUCACUCCUGAAGGAUGACACAGGACACAGUGUCAGGAAAAUGCUGACCGUCUUCAAGGAGUUCAACCCUGAGUGGCAAAAGGUCCAGGCUGUUUUCGUGGGUGUGUCCUUCUUUCACAAAGCCAUCCUCCAUGAGCUCUUUCCAUCUGCUCAGGUGCUCCUUUCUGUCUAUCACACGGUCCGACUGCUUGAGAAGAAUGUGAAGGAAGCAGAAAUCUCCUCUUCCUUCAAGCAGAACUUAAUGCUGGCCUUGCAGAAGGCCGUGUUUGCCACUUCGGCUGCAAGCCUGGAUGCCCUAUCCCAGCUGAUAAAGCACGUGGUCAGCCCAGAGCUGUACGACUACCUGCGAGCCAACUGGUUUUCAUGUGAGCUGCUGUGGUGCAUGCACACAGAGAAAGGUCUGCACUCCUGCGGCAUGCACAUGGACAGCCUGGACCUCAUCACGCACCGAAUAUCCAGUCUCUUUGGCCAGCAGCCAUCCUUGGAGGCGAGCGUUCUUUGUUUUAUGGAGUGCGCAGACUGCCUUGAUUCCAGAGGCUUGGAAAGUACGAACUGGGGUUUCUUGAACACCAAGGAUGGUCAGAGCAGCCUCUGGGAGACGCCUGAUGCGUGCUCUGGUGCUGCAGCAGACCCAGGUCCUGCUUCUGGCUCUCCAAGUCUUGCCGAGCCUACUGGCCAGGCUGCUGUGGCGGAGAUGGGCUGCAUGCUGGCCACACUCCGGGACGCCUGCACAGACCUGGACUCCUGGCUGUGCCUGAAGGAGUGGGAGGUGGUGCAGACAUCCACCCAGCUGCUCAGCCCCAUGCCGGGCAGCCUCACCGUUCGGCUGCUGGAAGAUGUACACCAGGUGAGCCGGGACUGCCGGCGCUGCACCUGCUGCUUCCACCGCCGCUACCCCUUCCUGAGCGCCGCCAUGGGUGGCGUCUUCACCUGCUUCCCCCGGGCGCUGCUGGUGCACCGAGCCGGUGGGCCGGCGGGACGGGCACUCUACAUCUUCCUGGUGGCCGGGCCAGCCCUGGCGCUGCAGGGUGGCAUGGCCAGAGUGGUGCAUCGCGCCAUCCCACGGGAUCAGUCGCUGCCAGUGCUCGCCCAGGCCUUUCCCGCAGCAGAGGUGCAGCUAUCAGUCUUCCACCUCUGCAAGCGCUUGCAGCAGCAGAUUCAGCAACUGGCCUUGGAGGGCCGUGUCGAGCGCCUGAUCCUGGCUGCCCUGAGCAACACCACAAGCGCAGCCCCUGAGGGCAGCUGCAGGAAGAUGCAUGCCCUCCUGAGGGACCUCAUGACACCAGACUUGCUGCCGCAGCUCCAUGUUAACUGGCUGCUUGAUGAUGAGAUCUGGGCCGCACACAGGGAGAGGGCUUGCAGGGAGACCACUAUUUACUUUAGGGACCUGGAGAUGGUCACCCAGGGGUUAAGCUUGGUUUUCACUAAACUGGAGGCUACGGAAAACCCAGAGGGUGACAGCGAUGAUGAGAUUAACCGAAGGACUGAAGAACGCAUCAAGCAGUCUUUGAAGGAUAUUUGCACAGAGCCAGCUGCCAGGCUGUGCUUGAGUGAGUUUGCGGUGGUUCAGAAGUCUGUGCAGCUAAUAGGCACUGGGGAGGAUGCCCUCAGUAUUCAGGUCCUGGAGGAUGCCCACAGCGUGGACCGUAAAGGCCUGAGCAGCUGCACUUGCCACUUCAACCAGGUCUUCCAGCUGCCCUGCCGGCACAUCCUGGCUGUGCUGAAUUCAGACAGGAAGACCUUGCAGCUGGAGAUGCUCAGCAGACAGUGGCAGAAGGGAAGUGAUGCCCAUCAGGCUGGGCAAGACAGUGCUGAUGGUCUCUUGGAGGUCUUGAAGAGUUCCUGGAAUGAGUCUUUGGAUAAAUCCCUGGUGGUGUCCUUCCUUACAGCGGAGAUCAGCCGGCUUCUCACUCACUGCAGCAGGGAGGAGUUUGAGCGCAGGUACAGGACCCUCCGGGAGCUGGCUGACAGCUGGAUUGGGCCCUACGUCGAGGUGAAACUCUAG